AUGGAUGCCGCGGGAGGCCAGACCGAGGGAUACUCCAUGCAGUCGGCGCCGCCCCACUAUCAGAACUAUGGAAAGCUGACGUGGGAUCGCGGCGAGUGGACGGCCGAGAUUUUGACCAAGCAGUACGACGACGUCCCCGAAACAAUCCUCCAGCCUCUCUUGACGUGGGAUUUGGAUUUUCGGGCAGUGACGUCGCGCCAUACGCAGGCUGUGGGCGUCGAUAACAUGCUGAUUGUGAAGGCCAUGGGUCCAUCGGACGCGGUGGCAUCUCACAACAAGUACAG